AUGCCAGAAAACAUUAACCACUUUUACAAAUAUAUCCCAGGAAUGGCACCCUCUGAAUGCUGUUCACAGAGCACCUUGCAACAACUAAAAUUCAGCUCAGGAACGUGUAAUGGUUUUGGAAAAGAUACAUUCUAUAUUUAUGCUUCACUUUGUGGAAGGAUUGCCCCAUAAUGAUCUAAAUAGUUAUUCAUUUCAAUUUGAAGAAUACACAUAUAAAGUUAGUGCUGUGAUUCAGUAUCAAGCCAACCAUUUUUCAACCUGGAUUAAAAAUGAUGAUUCUUGGCUUGAGUUUGAUGAUCUGAAUGGGCCAUUUUGCAAGUCACACAAGAGUUUUAUUGUCCCUCCUGCAGAAAUCCAUAUUGUCAUUUGGGAAAGAGAGUCCUCACAAAUUACUGAAGGAAAGUCACCUUGUACAGUGGAUACGGAAAACAAAUCAUGUACUGCAAAUAACCAAGUCCUUGCAUCUCCCAAUAACGGCUUGAGUCCAACUGCUUGCAACACAUUACCAGCUAAAUCUGUACCUUCAAAUGCUGCAGCAAUGCCAAGUGAUUCCAAUUGGCUUUCAGGGAUGGAGGGUUAUGCUGAUGAUGACAUCAUAACAUUGACUCUUGUAGAAAUUCCAGUUGACUCUCAGGGCAAUCCAAUCGAAGAUAAUGUCAUACCAGACACUCCUAUUCCUGUAUCACAAGUACAAUCAAAAGCUACAGGUUUUCCAACAGAAUCUUUUUCAGGUAAUGCACCUAGUGAUACAUCUAAUAACUGUAUGCUUAUGCCUGAAUGUAUGGGUGAAAAGCAAUCUAGUAUUUCAGCAAGUGAAUCUCCACCUACCAACACUGAACAUUUAUCUCUUGCGAUUAAGACCAUAAAUCCUAAAGUGCCAUCUCUGAUAAAUCAUCUGCAAAUGGUUUUUUCCUGUCCAAUGCCACACAGUACAAAAAAAGGUGUGGUCGGCAGCUGGAUGAAGAGCUUACUAAACAAAAAUCCUUCUUUUCUGAACACCAGUUUGUCUUGUUCAAGCAAGAAGAACCCUGUGAACUAUCAGAAGUUAACUCCACUGCUAAAAACAACUGAUGUAAAUGUGAUUGCUAAGAAAGCAGAAAAUUUUGGUGGCUUUAAAGUCAAAGGCAUUGUGAAAAAUAAAGUAGACUCCAACACAUCCCUAAUCGAUAUUAAGAAUAAUUCAUCUCUUAAAUUACCUGUCCCAAAAGAUGAGUCUUCUACUCCUUUAGGAACUUUUCUUGUACCCACUGUUUCAAAACCGCUAAAACACGGACGAAAUGUGUUAGAUGACAGUAAGUCUGCAGCAAAUGACACCUCUUCUAAUGAGGAUAAAAUUCGAAAGCUUCGAGUGAAGCUACUAAAAAAAUUAAAAGCAAAGAAACAUGAAUUGGCAUCUCUUGAGAUGACUGCAAAAGCUCAGUCUAAUAAGCAAGGUGGUCACACAAAUCCUAAAUCUCAUCUCAAUAAUAGCAAUUUUGCAUGACUUUCUACAGGAACUACAGGACCAUAUAGAUAAUGUGGACAAUGAAUCUGUAUGUACGAUGAGCUCUAGCACAUCUAUUUGUAGUAGUCCAGGGGAUGCAGAAUUCUUUGCAGAACUUUUUUCUCCGACAGCAGAUUCCACAAAAUAUCCUCUGAUGAUACUAGAUUCUUAGAAAUGUUAGCUGAUGGUUACAGUUCAUCCAUACCAAAUCAUACAGCUCACUCCUCUAAUGAAAGCUUGCACCAAAUACAAGAACAUGACUAUACCAUGAUCAGCAUGUCUCUUCAGCAAGAUAAAUCUGAAAAUACAUCCAGCCUGAAACAUAACAGCAGUGACAGUUCCAUUGGAGAGGAAACCGUGUCUGAUUUCCUUUCUCAAUCUGCAAUGCAUUUGUUAAACACUGAUGAGGAAUAUUUCCCUCCUUUUGAUGACAUCUUUUAAAAUGCGUAUGUUU